AAGUCCCGCGCGUGGGUCUCUUUUCGGUUGCUGCCCAUCCCGCCCGCCGCCAACCUGGGCAAAAGCGCGGUGGGUCUCAUGGGCGACGUGGAAAGAGGCACCCAGAGGAACCCAGACGCUCUGAUUUUGGACGGGAACUUUGAGGAAAACUACAGCCUGGGUGAAUGGAUCCUCAUUAUCCUAAUGUAUCUUUUUGUAAUUGUAACUUUCCCCAUAACCAUCUGGAUGUGCAUAGAGGUUGUGAUGCAAUAUCAACGCGUGGUCAUUUUUAGGCUGGGCCAUAUACGAAAAGGGGGGUCAAAAGGUCCUGGGGUCUAUUUUAUUUUGCCUCGCCUAGAUCGUGCGGUCCCAGUGGAUAUGCGAACGAUAUCGUUUGAUAUAGCACCCCAAGAGAUUCUCACCAAAGAUUCAGUGACGAUCAUGGUGGACGGCGUUGUUUAUUACCGAGUUUACAACGCAAUCCUUUCCGUCGCAAACGUCCUCUACAUGGACCUGGCCACUCGGCUCCUGGCUCAAACCACCUUAAGAAAUGCCUUGGGAACCAAGAACCUGGCUCAGAUUCUCUCCGACCGGGAGGAGAUCGCCCAAAACAUGCAGGUCACCUUGGACAAGGCCACAGGUACCUGGGGCAUAAAAGUGGAACGGGUGGAAAUCAAAGAUGUGAAGUUACCCGCCCAGCUUCACAGAGCCAUGGCGGCAGAAGCCGAAGCCACUCGAGAAGCCAAGGCUAAGGUGAUCGCAGCGGAGGGCGAAAUGAACGCCUCGCGGGCUCUGCAAAAGGCCGCCGCAAUCAUCUCUGAGAACCCUGCCGCCCUCCAGCUCCGCUACCUGCAGACACUCACCACCAUCGCCGCCGAGAAGAAUUCCACCAUCAUCUUCCCUCUUCCUUUGGACAUCCUGCACGGUUUUACCUCCCCGAAGCAUUAGCUGCCAUGAGGAGGAGGAGGAAAAAGAAAAGAGAAAGGGACAAUCAGCUGCUGUCUUUCCUCCAAGCCCUUUGAAUAAAAAUGUGUGUGCAUGUUA